UCGGAGUCCAGAGAACAACAAACAAGUAAGGGUGAAGACCGUCGGGAUGGAUGCAGCAACCUUGACAUACGACACACUUCGCUUUGGAGAGUUUGAAGAUUUUCCCGAGACCUCCGAGCCUGUGUGGAUCUUGGGGAAAGAAUACAAUGCACUCACAGAGAAAGAUGAGAUUUUAUCAGACGUCACUUCACGACUGUGGUUUACAUACAGAAAAAACUUCCCACCCAUUGGUGGGACAGGACCAACGUCAGACACGGGAUGGGGAUGCAUGUUGCGGUGCGGCCAGAUGAUCCUCGGCGAGGCCUUGGUGUGUAGACAUGUAGGAAGAGACUGGAGAUGGGCCAGAGGCCAGAGACAAAGAGAAGAAUACAUCAGUAUUCUCAACGCCUUCAUCGACAAGAAAGACAGCUAUUAUUCUAUCCAUCAAAUUGCCCAAAUGGGAGUUGGAGAGGGGAAGCCGAUCGGCCAGUGGUACGGACCCAACACAGUGGCCCAGGUUCUUAAGAAGCUGGCGGUGUUUGAUACGUGGAGCAGACUGGUCGUACACGUGGCGAUGGACAACACCGUGGUCAUCGAGGAGAUCAAGCGCCUCUGUAUGCCCUGGCUGGACACCGCGGGGGCCUGUUGUGACCCGGAGGCAUCCGGGGAGCUCAACGGCUGCCCGCAGGGGGCGUGUGCCCUGGUGGAGGAGGAGACGGCUCUCUGGAAACCUCUGGUCCUGCUCAUCCCCCUCAGGCUGGGCCUGAGCGAUAUAAAUGAGGCCUACAUCGAAACCCUCAAGCAAUGCUUCAUGCUGCCGCAGUCCCUGGGUGUCAUUGGGGGGAAACCCAACAGUGCCCAUUACUUCAUUGGUUAUGUCGGAGAAGAACUCAUCUAUUUAGACCCGCACACCACACAGCCUGCGGUGGACCCAUGCGAAGACAGCCAGAUCCCCGACGAGACGUACCACUGUCAGCACCCGCCCUGCCGCAUGCACAUCUGCGAGCUGGACCCGUCCAUCGCAGCGGGUUUCUUCUGCAGAACAGAAGAUGAGUUUGACGACUGGUGUAUGCGCAUAAGAAGGCUGUCCUGCAACAGAGGGGGCCUGCCCAUGUUUGAACUGGUGGACAGUCAGCCCUCUCACAUGGUCAGCAUGGAUGCCCUCAACCUUACUCCUGAUUUCUCAGACUCCGACAGGUUGGAGCGCUUCUUUGACUCAGAAGACGAGGAGUUUGAGAUCCUUUCCCUCUGAGGGACACACGGACAAUAAUUUGCUAUUGUGAACAGUCGGCGUGAGGGAUUCUCUGCAUCAGAAGGGGACGAACAUUUAACUGGAGACCUCUUGAGCCAGUCUAGCUCCAAUGGUGUAGCCAGUCUGUGCGUAUCACACAGCGUUCAACAGCCUCUUGACUGCUCUGUCUCCAAACAUCGAGGCCACCCCCCCACCCUGGCGGAAGCCGUAGCAGGAGCUCAAGAUAAAUUAUGUAUGCAAAUCGCGUGCGUUUCCAUUCGAGUCUUAACACUUUAAAUGUUUAUUCUGAAGUGAUAUGGUGCCUUUCCCUGACUCCAGAAGUUAAAUUGCCAUAACAGUUUUAUGUUGUAUAGAAACCCCAAUGGCCUAAACGCGGUUUGUCACCAACAACUCCAGUCUGGAACAGCCUGCAAUGAAUCCAAAUCAUGGCAAAUCUGCAGACAAGUUGCAUUAAUUGUUCAUGCAAAGUAUCCUUGCCAAGUAAAAAACAAACAAAUCAUAUGCGCUAGUUCAUUUAAAGAUUAUUUAUUUAAUCAACACAGAAUAAGAACAAUACACAUGUAAGAGGAUUUAAAAAAAAUAAAGUCAGCAUCUGGUUUUGGA